AUGGUAAAUGCAGUAGCAGAAAUAGUGGAAAAGGACCAAGGAGCAGAUGUAACGCACAGUGUUGGAACAGGCACUGCAAGCAGUCGAGUGAUGAAGAAAUCGAACAGCAGUAAGAAGAGGAGAAAAGACCGGUGUUUGUUUGACAAAUGCGGCUGCAAUGCACUCAAAUUCAUAGGGGACUGUCAGUUCUGUCACGGCCAUUUUUGCUCGAAACAUCGGCUCAUGGAAAACCACGCGUGUCAGGGUCUCAAGUCGUGCAAGGAACAGAUGCACCAGCGGAACGCAGAUAAGCUCGCCGCGGAACAGACUAUAGUGCCCAAGAUCCAGAUUUAA